AGGGGGGUCGACGCUCCGCCCUGCGUCGGGCGCGCCAUCUCAGUGCCGGGCCGAGCGAGCCGCGCGAGCACACCGUUUAACCGUGAUGAGUGUGUAACGAACGAUAGUGUUUGACUAAUUGGAAUUUGGUGGUGAUUGUAAUGACUGAGAAUGCUUGCGGUUGGUAGUGUUGUCAGUAGUCGAUAAUCAAGAUAUCGAGUGUCGAGCGUGGCACCGGCGGCAUGGUGCUGGAGGGCGGGUUGCCGGCGCCGCUGCAGCUGUACGCGGCGGCGGCCGCAGGCCUUGCGCCGCGACCGGCCUGGCCGCCGUUUCUGCCGUUCUUUGGGGUGCCGCCGCCGUUCCUGGCGCGGCCGAGGUUACCGCAUCCGCUGCCCGCGCGGGCGCCGCAUGGACCGCCCAGCGAGGACUCCAAUGAGGACGGUGGAAGCAGUAAAGGUGGUGUUGGUGAUGAUGAUGGUGACAGUGGGAAGCGGAGACGGUCAAGGACCAACUUUAACUCCUGGCAACUCGAAGAGUUGGAGCGUGCGUUCCUUGCGUCGCACUACCCGGACGUAUUCAUGAGGGAGGCGCUGGCGAUGCGCUUGGACCUUAAGGAGAGCAGGGUUGCGGUAUGGUUCCAGAACCGUCGCGCAAAAUGGCGCAAGAAGGAACAUACAAAGAAGGGCCCAGGGCGGCCUGCCCACAACGCGCACCCACAAUCCUGUUCCGGGGAGCCCAUCCCACCGCAUGAGCUGAGAGCUCGCGAGAGGGCGAGAAGAAGAAAGAAGCUGGCAAAGGCAUUAGAGCGUCAAGCGAGAAAGCUGCGUGCUAAGGGUAUCGCAGUGGAUCUCGAAGCUUUGAAGGCGGAAUACUUGGCACAGCACAGAAACAGUGGACUUUAUUCGGAUUCUGACGGAGAAAUUGAUGGAGAAGAAUGCAUGAUAGAUGUAGUCGGUGGCGAUUCUUGUCACGAUUCCGGACCAGAAGACUUUUCACUAUCUGGAAGACUUCGCGCACCUUCUGGAACUGAUGCUAUCAAUAAUUCAGAUAGUUCUACUUCAGACGGCCACUCAGCAAGAAACUUUAGCCCCCUACCCGAUCCUCAGUCGUCUUUCUUCAAGCAGUUCAGCACAGCUGCUAGCAACUUCGACAAAUUCGAUUUCGACUCUGGCAGAGCAGUAUCCUUAGACCUGAGCGGCAGUUCAAAUACCGAACAGGACCUUUCCAAAAACGGGGGAACAAGAAAACACAAUCCGUUCAGUAUAGAAUCCCUCCUUAACACGUGAAAAUGACUUUUCUAGAAUAAGUACGCCUUGGGAGGCUUCCGGAUGUAACUUUUCUUUCACAGACUUAAACACUGGCAUUUUGUGAAAUGUUCCUUUGCUUUAAUAUUAAUGAACUAUUAUCAUUAGUUGUAAUCAGCUUCGGUUAAGACUUAUAGGUACCAGUUUACAUAUCCCUUUGUGAAUAUUAGGUAGGACUUGUAUUAUAUAGUUAGUAGUGUAAAUAGUAAUUUUAUAUUUAUUUCGUCUUGUUAAUCUAUUAUUUUAUUCACCGCGGGGCAAUAAUACAAAAAGAUCUAAAUAUUUGUUAAUCAUUUACUAUUUUAUUUUUUCACAUGUAUAUUUAUUGAAAAAUUAAAAGUUUAACGACCUUUCUCUAUAUAAAAUAUCGAUCUCGUUUAACUUAAGAUCCUAUACUAUUCUGAAGUAAAUCAAUAAAUGAAAGUUUUUGGCGGGUUUGUUAAUAAUACAGAAAAAAGAAGCAUCACUAUUUUAUUUUUUAAUCUUACGAUAACUAUGGCUGAAGUGUUACCCUAAUCAAAAAAGGUUACACGUUUUAUGUUUUUUAAAAUGACAGAUUUUGGCUUUGUACUUAUAAAAAAAUAAACCUACUUAAAAUUUAAAGCAGAUAUAUUAUGUAAUUAUCCAGAUUUUCAAUGAGUACAUUUAAUGAAACACGAAUAAGUAACAUGUAAGAAUUUCGUUAAAUGGUAACCACUGUAAGUCAGUUUUUUUUCGGUUUGACUAAACAAAGGUUGUGUACGAGGUAUUACUAAUGUCAUUUUUAGUGUUUUAAGCAACGACAUUAUAUUAUUGAUAAUCUUUUCAUCCACAUAUAUAUUAAAGUACUAUUUUUUAAAUCCAUUAAGCUUUUAUCUCAUUAAUCGUCUGUGCAAAUAGCGGACAUUUAACAGAAAAUUAAGUAACUUUGUUCCAUCACAAGCGAAGCGAGCAAUUAACCUAAUUGCCGACAUUACAAUAUAAUUUCUUACACGCCCCGCUUUACCACUUUACAAACUUAAUAAAUUGUCCUUUUAUAUUCGCUAAAUAAAGUUUUUGCUACUGCACUCUUUAUGUUGUCAAAGGACACCUGCUGAUGUGUAAGUGAAAUAAAUUCCGAGCAAACAGAACCGGUCGAAGGUGUUACGAGUAAAUAUGAAACGCACAGCAAUCCGUUGAUUUCAAUUUGUAUGCUAAGCUGAUAACUCCCGGUUAUGAUUUAUUUUAGUGGAACUCAAAACUGGAAUAACCUUUUCUGUUCAUUUUCGAUCUCGUAUACUUAGAAAGUUACUGCAAUUCCAACUCCCAUUACAGUAGAAUAAACUCCAAUUUAUCUAGCCAUUGCCCGGCAGUAGAACGUUUUCAGAUAUGACUAUAUUUUACAUUGGUAAAUUUAUCCUUAAGUUUUUAUUGACAACCAGCUGAAUCCUACGGCUUUACUCGCGCAUAAUUUAUAAAACUACCUAUAGCACACAAACCGUCACCCCCAUUGUAUCCUCUCAGGUGAAUUAAAAGGUCUAUAUCCUUUCUCGAGAGUCAAACUAUCUCCUUACCAAAUUUCAUAUAAAUCGCUUCAGCAGCUUAAGCGUGAAGAGACAACAGAUAUAGUUACUUUCGCAUAUAUAAUAUUGGUGUAGAUAUUUGGCCAACAGUGACGUGAUGACAUACGAUCAAACUCCAUGUUUACAAAAUUAUAACAACAUCAUUAACUCAAAAUUAAUCUACGAUUCCACUUAACCCGAAUAACCUAUUAAAAUCUCAUUGUUCUGAAUAACAUUUCGAUAUAAUUAAAUUAUAUAAAAAUGUCCACGUAAAUAUGAUUCCAUAGGAGAGUCUCGAGUCGUAAAAUGAGUAAUUAAUGUAUAACGCGAGACCGCCGAUAAGCGCCAAUUAGUGCAACAAUAUGGCUGACCGCUUUAUUGCCAUUUUUACUCACAACACUGAUAAAGGCUGGUCAACUAUCGAAAUUAUAGUACUAUGUUACACUAAUAUUUUAUCAAAAUACGAUCUUACAUAUCGCUUAAUAAAAUAAAACGCGUAAUGAGGAUUCGAUUGUAGCGUAAGCGACUGGUAAACUCAGUUUAUUGGCGCUAUAUCGCUAAGUGUUUAGUGGAUGGUCGGAUUUAUUUGCUUUAUUAUUUCAAAAGUUUUAUUUAACUUAUAAAGAAGGUCACUUUGCUGAGGUACAUUGGGUCAAGCGUUAAAUUUUAUAUUGUGGAUUUGUUUCGCUUCGAUUUUCUUUGUGUAAUGAGAGAUUAUUUAAUAUAUUCAUUUUAAAUGAAUUAUUUAUGAAAGUCGAACGUUAUAGGAUGUUCAAAAUAAAAUAUAUAAAUUUAUAUAAAAUCUAAUUUAAAAACAUCAACUGAAACAAUUAAUUAGAAGAAAUAGUUUACAGGUUAUAAUUAGUAAAUUAUUUAUAAAAUCUUUCUAAAUAAUAAAGCGCGAAAGAUGAAUGUUAAAAUUUUAUACACGUCAUAAAAAAUUGAUUGGUUUUUGUUUUUGUGUUGUUGUAUAGUUGUAUUUUUGUUCCUCACGUACGCACGCAAGUCAAAAUCUUUAUGCUUUCUUCACUAUGAAGUUACGGAUUUAAGAUUACACGCAUUAAUGUCAAAUCAAUGUAAAAUACAUUUCAACCAAUGAAAUCAUAUCUACGUAUGUGUUACAUUAAUAUAAACACACCACUCUCAUGUUGACAUUGACAUGUUAUAGUUCUCAUUUUAUACAGAACCCUAAAAAUUAUCGUAAUGAAACAAAUCUAUGGUAAAUCGUAAAAUAAUUUAAAAACAUUAAUUAUUACACAUAUACAUUAAUAUUAUCAAAUAAACACUGAUACAUCGCUUUCCAAUAAAUUUGUCUUACUUUAUAAACAAUAUUUUAUUGCUUGUAGGAUAAAUAUGUUUAUUUAUAAUAAUAAUUCUUUAUGUAUUCAAAACAAGAUAUGAAAAAAAAUUAAAGUGUGUGGCAGCUCAAUCACCUAUCCGUCACUGAUUAAGUAAAAUCUUGUACUGAAGUUGGACCUUAAAAUUUAACGCCUUUAGCUCACAAACAAACAGAAAAAAAAACAACAAUAUUGAAUUUAGAAUUAUCGACAAAAACAAAAAGACUAGCUAUAAGACUUUGAUUUGUGUGUUUCACAAAGUAAAUUUUAUUUAUAAUUUUAUAUAUAUUAGUAAUAUUGUAAUAAGGAAUGACUUGUAUGCGUUUUUGGUAAUGGAUUAUUGUAAUAGAAAUAAGCGUAGACCACACUAAUGUAUAUUUUGUAGCAGGAAACAAUAUGAUAGGUACAAAAUAAUUAAGUUUAUUUAUAUCUAUAGAAGAAACGAGACGUGAUACGGGAAUAUUUGUAAAUUUAUUAUCACAUUGAUUAAGAUGUAAAAAGUAUGUUAUGCGAGUAACUUAUUGAAUCAAAAUAUAACAUUAUUAAAACUG